AUGGCUCCUGGUUAUUCUACCACCACAGUCACGCCGGUUUCGACAGGAACUCCAAAGUUUCCAGUUCUGCGAAUUAUGUCUGGGGACUGUAAUUAUCUCUUCACGGCCGGGAAUAUCACCGUCCGCUGUCCUUGUAAAGGGUUUACGGGAACGUCUAAGGAUGGACAGCUGGAUAUUUUCUGUCAAAACUGUUCUCAUUCGCUCACCCAACAUGGAGACGUAAGUUCGGCAGAGGUUGAUUCAACCCAACAAAGAAGCAGCCAGCUGGAAACAUCUUCCAUUCUCUGUCCGUAUAUCAGUCCUCGAUCGGAGACAGUCUCAAAACUCGCCGACCUCAUUGAUUCGCAGAAAGUUGUGCAUGUGCGGGGGACCCCUGCGAGCGGAAAAACAACACUGGCUCGACUACUGCAGCAAUAUUAUAAGGCUAAGAAGAGGAACUCAAUAUUUAUUGACACAUGGCGCGAGCUUGAUGAAUACCCUUCAGUAGGUGAUGACCUUCACGCCUGGAGCAAGCUCGACAGAAUGUUACGGACAAGAUUUGAUUCAAAUAUGGAUUAUCUGGCUCCGGGAACUAUCCUCAUUAUCGACGAGGCCCAAAGAUCCUAUUCGGACACCCUCUUCUGGAAUUCAAUAAUCAAGCCACGGUUGUCCCACGAAGGCCUAGAUAUCAGCUUCUGUCUUUUUUGCUGCUACGGGAGCCCGUUGACCGGUGUUGACAUGGAGCUCGAUACUGAUAUCAGAGCUUUUACGCCCGCUCAUUUUAAGCUAGCUCAACGCGUGACGUUGACCCCUCAGUCACACCCAUCAUCGCCUCCGAUUGGUCUAUUCUUCACCCGAUCAGAGUUCACGGAUGCUGCACAGCGAUUGACAGCGAACUCUCGUUUACAAGAAAAGUUUACCCUCCGUCCAGACGCCGAAGACUAUCUUUUUUCGUUGACAAACGGACACCCGGGUGGUCUUAGCUCUGUGUUAAAGUACAUUCACGACGAUGUCUGGGACGUGCUGACUCAAGAGCCAAUAUCACGUUCACUGCCCCAGGGCCGUUGGCUCACGAAGGAAGUUGCAAACCUCCUCGCUAAGGUUUUGGAGGAAGGAAAUGUACUAAGUGAGCCGAACAAAGAGGCAGAAACAUGUUACAAGCGCGGAUGGUUGCACAGAAUGCAAAUACUCGGAGAGGAUGGUUACGACAAGGAAGUCUAUGUGCUUCCUUCAAGACUCCAUGAAAAGCAUGUACCUCUAAGUAUCCACUCCAGCUAUCUCGAUUGCAUUAUUUUAACUAAUCCUAGGUGGAUCGAACACUACAUCGCAAAAAGAGCGAAAAGUCUACCCUCAGAAUUCCAAAAUUUACGAGAUUUGACCCUUGCAAUAUUACAAGAGUUUUCAAGCUCGAAUCUGAGGCACUCAGCCCAAGGCAAGACAUUGUCAAGUGGUGCACAGCCAAAACCAAUUGAGGCACAGUAUCAAGACGAGUUCUACCGGUGUUUUAAUAGGAUAGCCGGUAGAGGUGUGCCAGUCUGUACCGAAUGGUCUAGGACCACAGACGGUCGAGUCGAUUUUUGGAUUCCUGGCCAGAAAUGGGCAGUGGAGAUUGUCCGGGAGCAAGACCGAAUCAACGAACACAUUAUGCGCUUUCACGAGAAUGGCCAGUAUUACCCUUGGCGAGUAGAUGGUAUGAUCCAAGAUUGGAUCAUUGUCAAUUGUACCACUUCUCCGCCGACACGUGACCUCCUUUUUGCACAAUUGAGAAUCCGGUGCUUCAUUUGGGGCGGGCGAAAGGUUUAUGGUAUCAAUUUUGAAACUAUUCAGAAGCGCCUUGAAGGCGCCUAG